GCGGUGCUCUGAAGUGUCGUUCGUGCGCCCUUCUUGACACCCGAGAAGAAUGUCUGACCAAACCACCGAAGAACUGCAGCGCCUCCCAGGAUGCCUGCUUGACAGUUCAUAGGUAUGUUGAUAUUGUUGGGAAGAGAACAUGGAACAACUUCUGCUCAACAAGGAGCUAUUGUAGAUCAGUUCAGGGGUUGAACCGCAUAACGUGCGAUGAGGGCGAAGGGGACCCUCAUUUCGAAUUCGCAUGUUACUACUGCUGCAACACUGACGGCUGCGUGGGACCUACCGCACCUGGAGCCGCCUCCGCCGCUUGCGUCAGCAUCGUCACCAUGGCAACCGCCGCCCUGGCCGUCCUCCUGAAGAACGCCGCGGGGUUCUAGCCGCACGUCGCCAUGACCACGAAUGAUGUCAAACGAUGACGUCAUAUCCGCUAAAAGCAAUGCAUUUAAUUUUCGUGCUGUUAGCCUCUCUGACAUGAUACAUAAAUGUAAGUCUGCUGAGACCAAAGAAAUGUUUCUUUAUCAUGGUCCGCUUUUAGAUCACGCCUUUGAUUUGGCGGGCUUAGUCCGAUAUUGAUGAUUUGUAACUAAAAUGUUUUGAUUUAAACAAUGAAGAUAUGUAACAAAUCGAAAUUUUUUCUUCAUACAACCAUUUAACAAGAUUUUUCACGUUACGGAAUCGUUCCAUGUCAAACACAAACUAAGUUAAUUAUAUGAUGCAAAUAUGAUAAUAACUUCAAAAUAUGUAUAACGUAUAUUCUAUAAAAGAGGCAGUAAUUCGCCAACCUAACACUGUAGGGGAGCUGGUGUCUGCUUGUGGUGACAUAAACUUGGUAAAAACA